UCCAAUAUGGCGGCACAAGGAAGCGAAUUCUCAUCACAAUUAAAACGUCCUAGGUCGGAUACAGAUUCAUUUGAAGACUUCGUUAGGGGGCCGGGAGAAGGAUUAGAGGCUGGGGAUUCUAUCUGCCUACAAAAGAGAUUGAAAGAAGGUCUACAAGAAGAACACUUGAAAGUUGAAAACGACAAGGACAAUCUUGUAAGCAAUGUGCCCAUAGAGGAUAUUAUUCCAUCAGAAUUCCCAGGAAUGAAUGAACAUCCCCCAGAAGUUUAUGUGCAUGCCGAAGGAGAGGAUGAGUUAGAGUACUACCUCAGUGGAGGGUCGGGAGAUGGCAGUGAUAAUACUGGAAGUCAGCAGGAAGAGGACAACAUAAGCGAAAUGAGUGAUUUAUCAGGAAUGAGUGCUGAAGAAGAAUGGAGAUCGAUGGCAGGUCCCAUCUCAUGGGUUCAUAGACAAAUGGCUGGUGGAAGGGAACCAAGGGAAAUACUUCACCACCUGUUACCACACAGUACUUUUAUACCAGAUGAGGUGGAUGAUUUGACUCUGUGGAAGAUUGUGGUGGAGAUCCUCUCAGAGCCUCCUAAGAGAAAGAAACUUAGCCAUGUGAACACCAUGGAUGAUGUAGUAGAACUGAUAAAAAGAGCAAGAAAUAUAAUUGUAUUGACAGGUGCAGGGGUUUCAGUAUCCUGUGGAAUUCCAGAUUUUCGCUCGCGCAAUGGUAUCUAUGCCCGUUUAUCUGUCGACUACCCAGACCUUCCAGAUCCUCAAGCUAUGUUUGAUAUAAGAUACUUCAGAAACAACCCUAAACCAUUCUUCAAGUUUGCUAAGGAAAUCUAUCCAGGCCAGUUCCAACCUUCACCAUGUCAUAGGUUUAUAAAACUUCUUGAAGAUCAUGAAAAACUAUUAAGGAACUAUGCACAAAAUAUAGACACAUUGGAACAAGUAGCAGGCAUUCAAAAUGUUAUUCAGUGCCAUGGGUCAUUUGCAACAGCCACAUGUAUGACCUGCAAGUACAAAGUGGAUGCCAAUGCUGUAAAAGAAGACAUCAUGAAACAGGUUAUUCCAAGAUGCCCUAACUGCCCUCCAGAAGCUGAAAUGCCUAUUAUGAAGCCAGACAUAGUGUUUUUUGGAGAAAGCUUGCCAGAGGAGUUCCACAAAAGCAUGUCUCAUGACAAAGAUAACUGUGAUCUGCUCAUUGUCAUAGGAUCUUCUCUCAAAGUCAGACCAGUAGCUCUUAUACCCAACUCUGUAUCACCUCAUGUGCCACAAAUACUUAUCAACAGAGAGCCACUGAAACACCUCAAUUUUGACGUGGAGCUUCUUGGGGACUGUGACGGGAUAGUCCAAGAACUAUGCAGGAGACUGGGAGAGGGUUGGGGAUCCCUGUGUUCUAAAGAUGGUGAAAAACUAACAGAGAUAUCCAAGGACUGCCUGCCAACACCUCCUGAAUCUCCAUGUUUAAUCAGUAGAUCAAGUCCUCAUUUUGCUGGACAUAUAGGUUCUGAUGAAAGAGUUCCAGAGCCUACCUUGCCAGCACAGGAUGAGGUCCCUUGUGCAUCAGUGCCUUCCAAACAAUCUGCACAAAAUGCUUGUGUUGAAACUUCUGAACAAAUUGCCAUUGAGUUGAAGGACGAGAGCCAGGCAGAACAAGCAAAUGUAGAAAAGGAAAGCGAUCAAACACCAAUAUCAGAAGUUGACAGACAAUUUUCAGAAAAUAGUGACAGCAAUAUGAGUAGUAAUAAGCAACAAUAUAGUGUUGAUGAGGAAGUAUCAAGCAUAACUGAAGUGUCAUCCAUACCAACUGAUGAUGGAGACAGCAAAUUGGCUUCAACCACAGACUUGGCAGCAUUAAGGGAAUGUUGGAUACCCAAAAAGAAACAAAGUAUUGCAUUAAGACUACCAGAGCACAGUUACCUUCAUGUUCCUCCAAAUAGGUAUGUGUUUCCUGGUGCAGAGGUGUUCUCAGAGGAUGACAGUGGAGCAGAGAGCAGCGAUGGUGAGCCAGAUCUUGACGACAUUAAUGAAGAAAAGGCCAAUCAUCACAUUCAUGAUAAGCCUGAAAAUGAAAUAUCUGACAACAACAGCAGUGUUCAAAAUCUCUCUGACAUUAACAUGUCCAGACCUAAACCUGAUCAAGAUGUGGCACCUGCAUAUUUAGGAGAGACGUUAACUGAUCAAAUUGAUAAUGAGGGCAGUAACUCUUUAAAUGUCCUUAUAACUUAAUGGAGACCAAAUCUGGAGCUGGAUGGAGGGGAAGUGCAAAUACAUAAAUGGAGUUAAAAUGCUACAAUCCAGUUUACUCCAAAGCUGCUGUUCUAAAUAUUGAUCUGUCUUGUUGGAAUUCGUAUUUGUUCAUGUCUUGGACUGUUGUUGCCCACAAUAUAUCAUUAAAUUGGUUUAAAUUGAAUAUAAAACCAAAUAUAUCUAUGAUUUGAAUAAGGGCAAACUGAAGGGAAUAAGGUUAAGAAUUGUAUUUAUUUAUUUAUUUAUUUAUUUAUUUAUUUAUUUAUUUUAUUUUGAAACUCAUCCAGUUAUUUUAUUGAAGAAACUGACACCACUUCCUCCCCCAUAAAUUGUACGAACUUUCCUCCCUAAUGAAUGUAAAAGAGAUUGAGGGAAAAAGUAACUGUUGACUGGAAUGGGUAUUUCUAAGAUGAGUGGAAAGUAGUUUGUACAUAAUGUAAUUUCCAUAUGUACAUAGUGUACACUUAUGCAAUACUUUUUAAUAGUUUUUGUAUAUAAAUGCAGUAUAGUUCAAUGAAGUAUGUUUGUAAUUCACAUAUACUGUUAUUUUUCUACAUUUUGUAUUAGAUUUGGCAUAAUGUUAAGAGAGAUUUCCAAAUCUUCAUUAUGCUGGCUAUGGUAGUUCAGUUAUUUUGAAAUGUGCCCUUUUUACUUACAGUUUAAGAAAAAGUGGCAUGCUGUGUCCAGCAUAAUUGGUUUGUGUUUAUGUACUAAAAUGUCACGUAGUUUAGUUUUUGGUUGUUCAUCUGUAGCAUGGCAUUUACCUUUAUAACUUGAUAAAAAUGUUUUUAAAAUUGUUUAUUAAGAAUAUUGUAAUUAUACAAUUUGUUGGUGGAAAGGUAAUGUGCUAACUUUUAAAUGUUUGUAUCAUUCAAAUGUCCAUUAUUCAACUGUUUGGAGCUGGAUUUCUUCACAUAGUUGUACUUUGUAUUAAAGUAAAUUGGUUUGUUUUACCAUUUA